AUGCCCUUUGGCACUCGUCCUCCAUCAUCAUCUCUCGCCCUCUUGUCCUCUGUGCUUCUGUGGUCUUUGGCCUCUUCAACGCCGAUCCGGGACACCAAGUAUCUACCGGCACAGAUUGGCGGUAUUAUAGGAGCGUACGGACUCUCUUUGGUGCUGGUCGCCCUCCUUUUGCUUGCGCUUUCCAAACGACGAAGAGAACAUCUCAGCGGCAACGACGUGCCCAGCUACGUGCUUCAACUUCCGGUAGAUCCAAAGUUCCAGCAGCAGUUCGACUUCACAGCUCAGCCUGAGGGCCACCCUGUUCCUCCUCUGAUCAUUCCCAAGUCCGAGUACUACCACACCGGUCCUUACAGUGCCCGAAUCUUCGAUCCCAAGGCGGCACCCGCAUACAUCUUACCAUCGCCCUCUUCGUCUGCCAUCCCGUCCACCCUCGGAGUCUCACCCCUUGUAGAUCCGUCCGUCGUUGCAGCAGACAGAGCCAUGGCGCAGGACGAGCUUGAACAAAUGUACAAGCAUGUCUUGGAACAUGAUGAGGCCAAGGCAAGAGGCAUCGUGCUUGAGUCUCCAGUUGUGUCUCCGAACCCCCAGCGCGACUCAACAAACUCAAAGACCGGUCUCUUGUCAAAGAAGAACAAGGCCAAGCCAGCUGGUCUGAACCUGACCGCGGCCAAAGAGGAAAAGUCCCAGUCCAAGACUUCGGCUCUCUUCUCCUCGCUCCUCUCACCGAAGAAGAAGGCGCCCAAGGGCAUCAACAUCUCGUCCCCCAUCUUGACGCCCAUGUCGGGAACUUUCCCUCAGCAUGAAUCCCGCGAGAUGAGUGCCAUUCCGCCAAGGCAUUAUGCUCCUGCCCCUCCGCCACCUAUCCCGACAGACCAAGUGCCUUUCGGUGCCUCCAACUCUAGGACUGGUGCUCCCUUGACCCCGGAUAUGUCGCCCGAAAGCAUUCAAACCAUCGACGAGCGUAUUGGGGCUUCUCUCGACCGCGCCAAUCGAUCGAGGACUACGUUGGCAUACACCGAGAGAGAGCCCGAUUCGGCCACCACAGAGAGCUCCCAGGCUCCCUUGGUUGGCCUUCCAUCAUCUCCCAGGCCCGGAAGCUCGUUUCCUUCGCUGCCGUCGUCACCUCGGCCUGGUGCCACCUUCUCCCGCCCCAACGCACCUACUGCGGUCCGAACCGGUGGAACUCUCCCCCUUCGUGCUUACGAAGAACAGCUCGGCUCGCCUUUCAUUGCUUCCCAGACGACCAAGCAGACCGUCUUUGAGAGAACCGGCCCUCUAUCACCGGGUGGCGGCAGGACUCCCUUUACCGGAACUGCCGUGCCGUACUCUCCGUAUCAGCCAUAUACUCCUUGCGUCCCGAUAACCCCUGGCUUGGUUACCAAGGAAGACCGCAAGCGCAUGAAGCGAAUGGUGCCCAAGACACCAACCUUGGAGAUGGUCAAGAAUUCUGAGGAUGUCUGGUAAAUGGGAUGGAUAAGAGUAACUUUUUUCAUACAUUAACUCUUCUUCUUUUUCUCACAUCUUUUUCUUUUUUUCAAGCUUCUACUGUUAGAUAAUUUGCUGGGGCUGCCCCAAGGAGGGCGCCUUGAUCAUGUCGCCGUGAUUUUCUUCUCGUUUUCUUCAGACAUGCCCUAUUCAUUUUUCAUUUUUUUGCAAACAUAUAUCCAAUGACUUGGGCCAGGAGCGCAGGAUUGAGGAAAGAAGGAAAUUUCAUACCCGCAUAUUCACGACUGACGAGAUUUUUUGUACUUGAUAAGCCUAUAACAUCUAAAAAUCCAUCAUCUUUAAUUGAAUGUUUGGUAUUUUGG